AUGUCCUCCCACCUGCCACCCUCCGCGCCCGUGAUUUUUUCCCCCUCCGUUGCCCGCGCCGCCGCCUCCGCCGCCAAGGACUGGUCCUACGUCGACUCCUGGCUUCAUGCCAAAUAUGCCCCGCUACAUCUCAAAGUGCCAUCCUUCGAGCGAAACCCCGAAACGCUGAAGGCACUCCUCGCCCUAGCCACCGCCAACGAAGCUGCCGACGAUCCGCGCCAGCAGAUCGCCGACCUGGAAUCUGACACUCAGGUGAAGCUGAACACCAGCAACGCCACAUCUCUGGGCCGAACCGUUGCCCAAGCCCAAGACGACAUCACCCCCUCCUUUCCCUCUCCCUCAGCGUCACUAACUUACCAAGAAGCAAAACAAUCCAUCUUCUCCUUGCUCUCCGCUUCCCUUACACCUGCCGGCCAAGAAUCCCUAACCUCCCUCUCUCACCUCUCCCAAACCCUCUCCCUCCCAAUCACCCAAGGCGACCCCAUCCACCUCGCAUCCUCUUUCCUCUCCCUAUCAACCGAGCUCAACAAUCUCGAACAGGCCCGACAGCGCCUGGAUCUGCUCAGCUCGCACAUCACCUGCGCCACAGCCUCCAUCGAGAAGCUACUCGUUCGGCUCCGUAGGCACCCCGGCUGCAGCCCAGCUGCGGGAUUGGCCAAGGAAAACCUGGAAGUGCAGCGACGGAUCAGAAUGUUAGCGGGACAGACAUUACCGCAGUUGAAGGAGAAGGUGGCGAACUUGGCGGAUGCUGAGGGAAGAGGCAUGGUGACGGUUGAGCAGGUACGGAGGGAGCAGGAGGCUUAUUUGGAGUUAUUGAGGCGAAAGCACGAAUUGGAUGUGAAGGUCCGGGCAUUUGAAGGGUUGCCGCCUGAUAUAGAGCAAGCGAGACGGGCGUUGGAGCUGCUGAGGGAGGGGUUGAGGUCAUUGACGAACAGGAGGGAUGAGGCAUUUGAGGGAUUGGUCGAAGGGGGAUUAUCGCCGCAAAGAGAGACCGGCACUAAGGGAAUGACGGGAAACUCGCGACAGUAACCGCAGGAGAAUGGCAUGGUCUUUGGCUUUUUCGUUUAGUUUUAUUGAGUAUCGACAACGCUCUUCACCC